AUGUCUUUUCCGGGUCCCUUUGAUCUGAAUAUAUUCUGGUCUAGUGAUCGAUCAUGUUGGCGAUAUGGGGAGAAGUUAUUUACGCCCGAUGCAAUAGUUUGUAUCGAUCGAGUGUGGAGUUUCUCUGAACUUGAUAAUUAUGUACACAGGCUGUUAGAAUAUGAGAACCAACAAAUACUUCCUCUACAAUAUGUUUUAGUCUGCACAGAUGAGUACGGCAGAAGGGGGCAAGCGCCCAUAAGAGACGACGAGUCAAUGUCAUGGAUUUACCGAGGUGCCCAUUUGCGUCCAGCAUUGUACGUAGAGGUUGCAGAUGAACCUGUUCAAGAUGUUGGGGAAGGAACUACUGGUGGUCAGUAUGAUGGUGCGAGGAGUAGUGGUGUUGGUGGUACCAAUGAAGAUGACGAUGACACAGAAGAUGACGUACAUGGGAACAGUGACGAGGAGUAUGUGCCGUCCGAUGAGUCAGAUGAUGAUUACAGUGACCAUGACGCAUCUUCAGUAGUAAUUUCUAUUUUUGAUGACAUCGAUGACAUGGACAAGUCUCGAACUGGUUGA